UAGCGCGCGCCUGUGUUCUACUAGUUAUAACAAAAAUACAUACAUUAAAAUUUAUACAUUAGAUCAAAAAUAUUUCCCACAACAUUGACAUAAAUGACAUAUAUUCUCGGACCAUGUACAUGGAGGUCGUUUCACUAAUUUCUCAUCAACGUUUGCUAUCAUCUUGUUGCACUCCCUUGCCUUUUUACCAAACAGAAGGCUGGGGUGCUAUGCGUAUCCCGCGACGCAGGAUAUAUAAGAAGGACAGGGAGACCCCUGUCUGCGUAGACAUCAGAAAAUGUCUUCUAUAGAAACCCUAGUGCGAAAAACAACCCUGCCGAGUGGGUCCAAACAAACUUCCGUCUGACUAAUGUCUUCAUGCUGGCUGCCGCUGAAUUUUUUUACAUCUUUGAAUAUUUCCAGAGUUACGCGUUUCCCAAUUUGGUAGCGUUGAUCUACCGCAUUCGGUUAACAAGAAGAAACUCUCUUUGCUCAAGGUCUUGGUGAAUGUUCCGAAAUUUCUUAGAUAAUCAAUUUUACACUGCGGCAUGCAAACUUUCGUGGGAAAAAUAAUGCACACAGAUUGUUUUCCAACUGUGUUCAUUCAGUGUUUUGGGAAUUCGUUAAAAUUACGAAAGAAUAGACAAUUCGACAUGGUCAGUGAAUUCUUAAGAAUGUUUCAGACAACAAUGCUCGAUUCCAAAAUGAGACCAGAAACAUUUUUCGGGCAGAAAACUUUGAAAGCUACUUGUCAUACAAGUAAAUCCUCGUGUUGGCGCACGUAUAUUCAUCACUUAAAGUAUCAUAUGCAAUAAUAUUUAAUUACACCUUAAUUUAGAUUUCUCGUGUGUAGAAACAGUGUGAAGAAAAUUUUCUAGAAAAGUAAUUUUAAAGAAAAGGUUACAAUAGUAUAUUUAGAAAUUUAUUAGAGUAGAAAAAUAGGUAAAACUGCAGAAAAGGUUACACCUCGCGGAUCAUUUUCAUUUUAACUUUUGUAUAAAAAUUACUUAGAACUUUACCCUUCCUAACAUGUGUCAAAAUAAAAAAGAUAAAAGAGAAAGAGCUAGGUAUAACCUUUAUGCAAUUUUACAUAUUUUUCUAUUCUGAUAAAUUGCUAAAUAUAUCAUUGUAACCUUUUGGAGUUGUACCCCACUCUAUUAUUUAAGAUAGUUAAUUAUUAAGGGAAACCAACGAUCGAUCACCGCCUUACGUCACCGUCGCGGCUAUUGUGUCGCAUCCUGUUUUCAGCCGUGCAUCGUCAUUUCCCCGAUAGCCCGGAAUGAAGGCCUCCUGGAAGAGGGGAAAAAAACACCGAGAAUCCUGGAGUAAUUCACAAUCAUGCGUGAACAGCUGACACUCGGAGGAUUGGGUAAACUACGCGCGUAUUGCGCCGGCGAUUUGCGCCAAAUCGCUUUACUUAGCGUGGAAACGCGCAAGAAACGCGCAGUCUGCGCUCGCGCGAUGACGCCGCACGGAACCGGCGGCGGCAAGAAGAUCACGACGAUUUUCUCCCAUUACCUUAAUUACGUGCUCCACAAACAAAGAUGCGCCCCAUCGCGAUUUACGCGAAUCGCCCGUAUCCGAGAAUAUCUCAUUGUGGAAUUGCAGCUUCGUACCUGAAACAGAAGCAAAGUAAAGCAUGACAUGUCGUUAUUUCUUUUCUUCAGAACCAUCGUUCUCAAUUUCGGUUUGCUCUGAGAAUACCAUAAUACCUUGAGAUCAACUUCCAGCGCUUCUCUCGGCAGCCAGAAAAUUAUAUUUAACUUUAUCAUCCUAUUUUUAUCCGAUCGAGAAAAUCUCGAUGAUUUUCGCGAUAGUUUAUUCAAUUCCCGGAUCGCGCAGAUAAAAGAAAGAAUUAAUUCAUGAGAUAUCAGACAAAACGCGAGGAACAGAAGGACUCAAUUUACUAGUUCCUACUCAAAGCAUCGAGCCAAGCAGAGUGUGUAAGCAUGCGCUCGUAAAAGCGUAGCAAUAAAAUCACCCAAGGUGCCCAUCGUCUGGCACCAAGUGGGCGUGAACUGGAGGCGUGGCGAGAGCUGUUGCUGCGUCGCUAUUGGUCGUUGCCAGCAACAAGGCAGCAUUGUCCAGCAAUCGUGGGUCUGCCUGAUCGUUCAGUCAGGCCGGUAGCACCCGGGAGACGUGUAUCUCGCCAAGACCCCUCUACAGCGGGCAGAACUACCUGGCAUUGCAAGUUGGUGGGAAUGUCCGGCCGUUAGCUAUCCCGGUGGAUUUAUGUUAGUCUGGAUCUGCGAGUCGAUCUGUCGAGAUCCAUCCGUCGAGGUCAAUUAAAUACUUCUGAUGGCUUGUGGGACUCUUCAUGGAGAAGAAACGUAAUAACGAAACAAUAUUUUGCUCCGUUAUUUGCUCCGAUAGUUAGUUUGUGUUCCUGUUCUGCGAUUGUUCAGUGACGCGCGAUUAGACAAAAUAAAUAUCCGAAAAGCAGACUGACAGUGUUGUUCUUACAAAGAGUACAGUGAAAUGCGACAAUGAGAUUUGCUUCGUUUAGUGUCGAAUCGAACUCAUCCGAGUCAUCCAUUUGAGUGGAAUACCUUGGUUGAAAUGGUUAUUGAACCUGACUUCUCGAUGAUGCGACCAUGUUUUUCUGGAUAUCCCUUUCAAGAGUUGAGCUCAAUACCUGGUCAGGGUCGCGUUAAUCAACUGGGAGGUGUCUUCAUCAAUGGACGACCGUUGCCUAAUCACAUUCGACUGAAAAUUGUUGAGAUGGCUGCUGCGGGAAUCAGACCAUGUAUGAUAUCAAGGCAAUUAAGGGUGUCCCAUGGCUGUGUUUCGAAGAUUCUGAAUCGCUAUCAGGAGACUGGCAGCAUCAGGCCUGGUGUGAUCGGUGGUAGUAAACCACGAGUGGCCACUCCGGAGGUAGAGACAAGAAUCGAGGAAUACAAACGCGAAAACCCCGGCAUCUUCUCUUGGGAGAUCAGGGAGCGGCUAAUGAGGGAUGGCGUUUGCGACAGAACCAAUGCACCUAGCGUAUCUGCUAUUUCUCGGCUACUCAGAGGUCGUGAUGGCGAUGAAGACGUUAAGCCCGACGGUAAAACAACUCCUGCAUCGGACUGUGAGAGCGAACCAGGGAUUCAGCUGAAGAGAAAGCAACGCAGGAGCAGGACGACAUUUACAGCCAUCCAGCUGGACGAAUUGGAGCGAGCGUUCGAGAGGACCCAAUAUCCUGAUAUCUAUACAAGAGAAGAGCUUGCCCAGAGGACGAAAUUAUCGGAAGCCAGGAUUCAAGUAUGGUUCAGCAAUAGAAGGGCGAGGAUGAGAAAACAAACGACACUUCCUACUGUCGCUACUGGAUAUAUCGGUUCUGUGGCCUUCCCAACCAGCCCGUAUGUUCUUCAUGCGCCUGCACCACCUCAUCCUCAUGCUGGAGCAAGCGUGCCAUCGGGUCAUCCGCAUUCACAUCCGCAAAGUCUACCAGACGCAACAUUUUCUUCUCAAGUAUCGGAAUUGUAUUCGUCACAUCAGACAUCAAUGUCUCACCAACUGGAUUCCGCGGCACGCCUGCCCUCAUCGGUUGCUUCAACCCCGACUUAUCAUCCGAGCUUUCCGUCCUCGGUGACUUAUCCCAGCUCGUUACUACCAUCAGUUCCACCAACAACGAGUCACAUGACUCACCAAGUGGCUUCAACGUCUUCUAGCUACCAGCAACCAAGCACUCACCAGCUGCCACCGACUCCAAACUCUCUCGUCACUAUGAUUGGACCAAAUUCUGGCAAUUCGAAUUCCGUCCCUGAACAGCUCACCUCGCCAGGCCUGCCAAUCAAUUCAGUCUCGCCUGCUCAGCAGCAGCAGCAGCAGCAGCAGCAACAACAACAACCGCAGCAAGCACAACAGCAGACCAGUCAGGCGAAUCCGUCGCCACCGUGGAAUCUUCCGACCACCAGCUGUAGUAGAGUCAAUCUAUCAAAUUCGCCGUCCAGUUUACAGCACCCUCACACGUACAGUGCUCAUCCUCCUCAGGCUUUCGCCAGUCCUUAUACCGCACCGAGUUUCCAGCAACCGUCCAGACCUGCACCGCAACCCUACUGGUACUGAUAAAAUAUGCUUCCAUAGAAUCAUCCAAUUCCUGUAAUCCAAUUCUUGAAUUUGGAAGUCGAGGUCAAAGAAUCAACGUCGUGUUAUAAUUCUUCCUAUAUUAGCAAGACGAUUCUACUGACAGUUCAUCAAAAAAGUUGACUGAGAAGAGAGCAAGAGUCAUUAUAAAUUACAUUUUUAUAAUUCUCUUCGAUAUCAAUUCUGACCUCUUGUGAGAUAAUGUUAAAAUUGUUGUUAAUUGAAUGCAAUCGAUACUCGUGUUAAAGUGAUUACGGAUAUUUCUUCUAUAUUAAAAAUCUUUAAAAAUAUUUAUGCGAUACAAUAUGUAUAUGUUAAAAUUUAAAUAUAGUUAGAUAAUAGUUAAGUUACUAAAUUUAAUUUCUAGAUAACACAAAAAUCUGAAAGACUUCCAAAAGAUGUAAAUUCUUUAAAGGCUUUUUGGAAGUUUUUAUGAUGUCUUUUUCACUUUUGUGUGAUAUCUAAGUUACUAAAUUUAAUUAUUUAAUAAAUAAGUAGUUACUAAAUUAAUUAUUAAAUCAUUU